UGCGCAUGCGCCGUGGCCGGGAGAGGCAGUUCCUGUCUGUAGGCUUGGCCGAGGCAAUAAAGUUUCUGCUGUGAGGAGGAAAGGAAGGGAAAGCUCGGCGGGGGAAGGCACGGAGGAGCGGCGGGCAGGCUUCCUGGCAAGAAUUUCCCCGGGUUUGAGUAUGGGGCAGGGCCAAGAUCUCCCUCAUAAGAUAGCAAGCAGAUAAAUCAGAUUGCUAUUGAAGAUUUCAAUCUUUCUGGCAGACAAUUCAUUGUGUAAUGUUCAAGUUUAGAAAUGCCUUAUGUGGAUCGUCAAAAUCGUAUUUGUGGUUUUCUCGACAUUGAAGAAAAUGAAAACAGUGGAAAAUUUCUGCGGAGAUAUUUUAUACUGGACACAAAAGAAGAAAAUUUGGUGUGGUACAUGGAUAAUCCACAGAACCUUCCCUCUGGAUCUCCACCAGUUGGAUGCAUUAAACUUACCUAUAUUUCAAAGGUUAGUGAUGCAACUAAACUGAGGCCAAAAGCAGAAUUCUGUUUUGUCAUGAAUGCAGGGAUGAGGAAAUACUUUCUACAAGCCAAUGAUCAGCAAGACUUAGUUGAAUGGGUAAAUGUCCUGAACAAAGCUACCAAAAUCACAGUACCAAAGCAGGCCGAGCCACUGACUCAAAGUGAUAAUCUAGCAUGUCACACUGAAAAUCUAGGGUUGAAGAAGCAAAUGUCUUACCGAACAGAGAUUGUUGGUGGUGUUCCUAUAAUAACCCCUACUCAGAAAGAAGAGGUAAAUGAAUGUGGUGAAGGUGAUAAAAACUACUUGAAACGGUCCCAAAGCCACCUUCCUUACUUUUCUGCCAAACAUCCCCCAGAUAAUGCUGUGAUCAAAGCUGGCUACUGUGUUAAACAAGGAGCAGUGAUGAAGAACUGGAAAAGAAGGUACUUCCAGUUAGAUGAAAACACAAUAGGCUAUUUUAAAUCUGAACUGGAUAAGGAGCCUCUUCGGAUUAUACCACUGAAAGAGGUUAAUAAAGUCCAGGAAUGUAAACAAAGUGAUAUAAUGAUGAGAGACAAUCUUUUUGAAAUAGUAACAAGUUCUCGGACUUUUUAUGUACAGGCAGAUAGCCCUGAAGACAUGCACAGCUGGAUCAAAGCAAUUUCUGGUGCAAUAGUAGCACAGCGGGGUCCCGGAAGAUCAGCAGCUUCUGAGCAUUCCAACUAUACUUCCGAAUCCAGCUGUUCUGCAGAAACAGCCACAGCAACCUCACAUUCCACAACCACUCACAGCAACUCCAGUAUGGUCCAAAACCUUAACAGCAAGCCCCCCGACAUGGAGAAGCGACGAUUUCACGAAUCUUUUACGAAGGCCAAACCAGGGAGCAUCAAGAUCCAGGCUUUCUCUUCAGGAGACCCAGCUUCCAAAGUGACUGUACAGGGCCUGGUGGAACCUCAGAAUAAAAAUGGCACUCAGGAACAGGAUCCAGGCCCAGUGGAUCUGGAUGAUGCAAGCCUUCCAGUCAGUGAUGUGUAAUAAUGGAAGAAUUUGGGGGAAAUGAUGCAUUUGUUUUUGGUCCUUGAAUUUCCUUGCUCAGACUUUAGCCAAAGAUGACUGUGGGAUGAAAGAAUAAACAAUGGGAUGUUGCUUAUGUAGACCUGUAUGUGUGCAUACAUUCAACUCUGUGUAUGUUUUGAUAGUCAUAUAAUGCCUUCCACUGAUUAUCAGAGCAGGCCUUUUGCUUUCUCUGCAGCCAGAAGACAAAUCUUUAACAAACAGGGGCCAAGAUUAACAAAAUAAAUGUUGGUGAUAAGCAAGGUGCCAGCUGAUCUUAAUUCAGUUUUGCAAAAUUGAGUAGCAUCUUAAAGAUAUAAUAAAAGAAAUGUCAUCCUAUGACUAAAUUAUAUGUGAUAUGUAAUUUAAUUCUGUAAAUCAGGCUGAUGUGCAAAUUGGCAUUUUCCCCUAAAAAUAUCAGCUGAGCCGUUCAGGCUUCUAAAUAGAUGGGGGAUGCAGCCUCUGUUUUUACAGGAUCACAGAAACGUAGUGUAUCUGUUGGUGACCUAAUGCACUUUUCCUAUGCAAAGAGAGGUUUUAUAAAAAGCAAGCAAACUGUUGCUGCAGUGUCUGAAAUGAGGAGUGUUUUUCUUGUAGUCAAUACGCAGAUUUACGAGCCACUAUAUAAUCUGCGUGUGUAGUUGCAAAAUGACAGAGGGGUUUGCUGCAUUUCAGACAUUACAGACAAUAUAUGUUAAUUUACAUGAAGUGCGUAUCUCUAUGUGUGAGAAAAGAAUCCCUAAAGAUCACUUGACACUGACAGAAAUGUGUUGACUUAAUUGGGACUCUUUCGUAGUUGCUCUGUAAAUCACUGCCCUUUUUCUAGAGAGUCCAACUCCUUUAGAAUUCCCAGUAUUUGGUGCUGUGAAACUUACAUAAGAGUAAUACAGCUAUUUUGAAUAUUAAGCCUAUUUUUGAUGCACUCCUUAAAAGUGAAUUGUAACUUUUGCACAUUUGGAUAUUAAUGGACCACCAAUAAAUAAGGAUGUUAUAUGGAUUUUUUUUAAGUAGGGAGAAGGGAAACUGGACUACUAAAUCUUCUAAAGGUUUGUCUAAAAGUAUUUUAUAUUAGGCUUUGAAAAAAAAUUAAAUGCUUAAAACUAUUGUCUAAGUUUUUUUCUUUUGUGUGAUCCUUUUUUUCCCAGUGUGUUGUAAAUGAUUUCCAUUUUAUAGUUGAAUCAUUAAAAACUGAACAAAAUUGUUUCAUUCUGUUAAGAGGUACUGAAUGUUCAGUAAUGCAAUUGUGGCCUGUAACUUUUGCUGCACUAAAUUUAUUAAAAGUGCCUGUGGGUUCUUUCUUCAUGAUGUGUUAAAUGUUUGGGGGUUAGAUAGAUAAUGAAUUUUGCUUUUUUGGUUUUGAACCUUAAAGUGAAUUUGCUUUUCAUCGUGUAGUUCAGCAUAUUUAUCAGCAGGUAAACUGGAUAUCUCCUUGGGGGUUUUGGUGAUCAAAGGAUAUGUGAAGCUGAUGUUGGAAUGCAUGAUCAGAAUGAGCAUUCACUAUUUGUUCGGUUGUGAAAAUGUUUGCUUUAAUCAAAAACCCCAAAUUUUUACACAAUGCUGCUUUAUGCAAUUUAGAUUUUCCAGCUUUUAGUACUCAAAUUAAUUAAAAUCUUGUGUUUGUAAUACUUGACAAACAGGAAACAAAAGAAAUGUAUGAGAAAUCUGAGUGAAAAUUAGUAACACAAACAGCAAAUGGGUUAUGUUGUAUUGAUGUAAAUUUCUUUUUUAAAAAAAGUAAUAAUUUAGAAAGGAAAUUGUGUGAGAUGUUAUUUUAGCCUUAUUCAAAACUGUGGCCUGUUGUCAUAUUCAUGUUAUUUCCAUAGUGGCGAAGGUUUCCUCCCCUGCUUUCUAUACCAUCUCAGUGAGAGGGCUCUUUCCACAUAUUCAAGAUGCUGCUGACAUUCAGCCGUCCCAGCUCUAAAACCUCAUUGGCAGAAAGCAGUGGUUCAAGGGCCACUAGAAUUUCGUUGGUUUUAUGGGCACUGGGCUUUGAUUGUGUAGGCUAUCAACUUAAAGCAACAGCUAGAAUUAUUUUCAAAAUAAACAAUAAUUCAUCAGAUUGCCGUCCUAAUUGCUUAAACUUGCUCAGAAUUGGACAGUCUAUUUUUUCUAGAGCAAGCACUGCAGGAAUGUUAACCUCCAUGCCAUUUAAUGGCUUCAGGGAAAUUCUUUCACUACAUCUAAUGUCUAGCAGGCAUCUCCUUUGAAUGCAAUAUAUAGAGAGAUAAAGAAGUAGAGUAACACUUGUGAGCCAGCUCCUGUCUUCACAUAGAAACCCAACUUCCAGCUUACUCAAGGUUCUCAUCAUCAUAAUCUUACUGGUUUGUUUAUUAAGGCUUCAGAUGUAGGCAGAUUCCUCAUUUUGUCCUAACUGCCCAGCUAAUUCAAAGGUGAAAAACAUAUGGACUCUCCAGGUUUUCCCAUCAGCCAGCAUAGCCAAUGGCAAUAGAUGAUGGGUAUGAAGUCUAAUAAUAAUCUGGAGAGCUAGGCAUUCCCUCCACCUGAGCCAAAAAGUUUCUGAAGUGCAGCAAUAUCUUUACCGAAAAAAUAUUUUCAUCUACAGUGGUUCUCAACCUGUGGAUCUCCAGAUUUUUUGACCUUCAACUCCCAGAAAUCCUAACAGCUGGUAAACUGGCUAGGAUCAUAGAAUCAUUGAAUUGGAAGAGAUCUCGUGGGCCAUCCAGUCCAACCCCCUGCCAAGAAGCAGGAAAAUUGAAUUCAGAGCACCCCCGACAUGUGGCCAUCCAGCCUCUGCUUAAAAGCCUUCAAAGAAGGAACCUCCACCACACUUUGGGGCAGAGAGUUCCACUGUUGAACAGCUCUCACAGUUAGGAAGUUCUUCCUUUUGGGAGUUGUAGGCCAAAACACCUGGGAACCCACAGGUUGAUAACCACUGAUCUAAGGCUACGUCGACACAAAGGUGCUGCUGAUAUUUAAUAGGGGGGGACUUGUUCUGUGCCUGAGCUUGUAAAAUAUUACCCUCCAGUUUUCUUUUUCCGUUUUACUUGCAGAAUUAUGACAAAGAGCUGCAAGUGUUUUACCUUCUUGGUAUAGACUUAUUCUUGCUUUUUCUUAGACCAUUGACCUCUUUUGUUAAUUAUGUUUUAUUUUUUGUGAAUUUCUACCAUUUUUGCCCAUAUAACUGCUCAUUUUGUCUUCUAGCAUGCUAGAAAUUUGGAUCAUAGAUUUCCACCAUCGGAAUAGUGAACCUUUAUUUCAUUAAACUUUUACCUUUUCUUUACUUUCCAGAAUUUAUUUAUUUACUGAAAAGCAAUGGGUGCAAAUUCAACAUGCUGAUGAAGAAAAAACAGUAUCUUGGGAAAGGGAACGAAUUUGUAUACAAAAAUAAAUACAUUUUUGGUCUUUCACGAGUCAAAAUUGAAAUAGAAAAAGAAUGUUAGUAUGGACAAAGCCUGAAGAUAGAGCAGUACAAUGCCAAACUGUCAUGAUCCUGUUUCAGAUUGAUUCAGUAUAGCAGCACCUUUACAUUUCUUAACCAUAAGCUAAACAUUUACAAGCAGUGUUUGUAAAUUACACUUAUUUGCCUUCUCAGUUAAUUGUGAUCUAAUAGGUUGAAUGUUAUGAUAAGUCUAGUUUAGUACAAUAUAUUUUAACUUGUAACAAACUUAGCCAAUAGGUAUAUGAAACCUUAUUUUUCAUAAAUAUGUACUUUGUGGGAGAAACAGAAUUGGAAUGUUUGUAUUGCCAUACCUUGAUGAUGUAGUAUUAAAGUUCUUGGUUCUGGUACAGUUUCCACACACUGCAUGUUAAUCUUGUUUUGAUAUUGCCAGUUUUCAAUAAUGAAUCAGAAACAAAGCAGUGCCCUUUAUGAGUUAAAAUCAAAAUUCUUAGUUGAAUAGUGUGGAAAAUGUUUGUGGUUGAUAAAUUGUCAGGGUCUCUUAUUUAUCAGUACAUUUUUAUAUAAAAUGGAUGAAAAUUGUUAAAUUAUUUUAGAACCUGUGGUGUUUUCUGUAAAUGUCACAUUUGUUAAUAAAUUGACUUCUAUGACAAAACAUAAGAAUCCUAUCAGACUACUACAUUUAGUGCACCUCAAAAGAUAGUGUUUAGAGUCAAAAAUGUUUUUGCAUACCAUAUUUUGUUCUUCCCUCUUGGAUUCACAGAAACCGAAAUGACGUUUCUUAAAAAAUAAACAGAAAUAGUCCUGUGAAAA